AUGUUGGAGGAGGAAGAUGGAGAUGAUGAGGGUGUGCAAACCACAGGUGUUGACAGGAACAGCUACAUCCUCUACCCAACCCGAACACUACGACUGACAGGAGAGUUCGAGUUGUUGAAGUGUUGCGACCUGCAGCUGGAGGUCAGGGUCAGUCUAUCUGUGUUCUGGACCAGAAGGACCGACUCAGGCCCUGGGGCAAGCAGAGUGCCACCGCCUGUCUUCAUCCCCACUCGGAUUUUGGAGGAGAGAAACAUCAGCAACACUUCGGUGAACGUGGAUCAAGCAACGGAGACAUCACUGGAGUCGGCUCUAAAAGAAAAGAGCAGCAGUAGCUGUGUAGUGCCGCGCCAGAACCCACGGGACAAGACCUGCAGUGAUGCUCCAUCACGUCAGCUUCACUUACCUGCAGUUAGCCGUGUGACGGACACCUCCCCCACAGCAGCAUCACAGGACGGCGUCAGCAGGAGGAGCAGCGGAGAUGAGACUCUCGCCCUGAGCUUCGUCCCCACUGUCUCCCCUUCCACCACGGCCACAGCCUGUGACCUCAUCACCUGCCCCGCUGCCGUAGAGGAGGAAAGGGCAGGAGGUUCCGAAACCAGGGUUCAGGCUGAUCCAGGUUCAGUUGAUGUUCAGGAGUCGGUGAGUCUGCAGCAGUGCGAGUGUGUCACCGUAGACCUGAGGCAGACCGUGAGACGAGCCGUUCAUCUCUACCAGCAGCUCGGCAGAUCCACCCAGGUCACAGAGCAGCGUCAGAUGUUGUCUGUGCUGCAGGAGGCGUUCGAUGACGUUAGUGCUGAGCUGAAGUCCGUGUUGCAGGAACACGGCCCCAACAACGGCAGCGCCUCCACCGGUCGACGCGGGGAUGAUGAGCGAUGAGGUCUCUGCUCAGAGCCGCUGGUUCCGACAAUCCAGAACAAACUGGACCGACUGAACCAGAACCAGUGCUGAUUCAGGUCAAUGACUAAAAAACACCAGUAUUAUUUUAAAGCACCUUAUGUCUGUGUUGUUUUUUUUUACUGCAUUUGUACAUAAACUGUAGAUUCUGUAAUAAAGUUUUUGUGCUUUCA